AUGAAAGGUCAUUCGAAGUUAAUUGAGUGGGUGGCCUUCUCCCCUAGUGGUCGGCUGCUUGCGUCAAGCUCUGGUGAUAAUUCAAUAGGGAUCUGGGACCCAAUGACAGGCGCACUUGCCAAUAUACUCGAAGGCUCCUUAAGUUACGCUUCGUCGGGUGCCUUCUCCCCCGAUGAACGGCUAUUUGCGACCGGCACGAAUGAUGGUAAAGUACAGCUUUGGGACCUCAUAACGGGUACACUUUCUCAACAGUUUGAAGGCCACUCAAGUGUGAUUUCGUUAGUGGCUUUCUCAACUGACGGCCGGCUGUUGGCAUCAAGCUCUGGUGUGCAGCUAUAUGACAUGGCGACAGGCGUGUCCACUCAGGCUGACAAUACGGUGCGUCUCUGGGACGUGGCGACGGGCACCCUUGCCCGGACUUUUGAAGGCCAUUUGGAAUCAGUUGCCUCAGUAGCCUUUUCGCCGGACGGCCGGCUGAUGGCGUCUGGCUCUAAGGACAACACAAUGCGGCUCUGGGAUGUGGCGACAGGCGCGCUGGCACGAACUUGGAAUGUCGAAAAUAUAGUCACUACGCUAGAAUUUUACUACGAAGGUUCACGUCUCCGUACUAAUUUCGGCUGGGUUGACAUUGAAUCUGAGUGUGACGUCUCUUCAUUCCAUCCUCCUUGUGCGAAUCUAGGAAUCUCGAUCGGGAAUGACCAAUGGAUAAGAUUGUCAGGCGAAAAGGUUCUUUGGCUUCCUAUUGAAUCUCGGCCCACCUGUUUCAAGGUCAAUGGCAAUACACUUGCCUGA